UGCCGCCUGCAGCGCUCUCGCGCGCCCCUGCUGCCGGCCGCGCUGCUGCUGCCGCUCUGCUUCGCCAACUACGGCGCCGAGGCGCUGGGCCAGCAGGUGCUGCGCCGCCGCCGCGUGCUGUUGCUGCUGGGCGCCGGUGGACCCCUGCUGUACGGCCUCGCCUGCCUCGGUCACUCGCUCGGCGCCCAGGCGCUGCUGGCCGCCGCCGCCCGCCUCAUCUGCCGGGGGCUCGACUGCUUCAGCAGCCAGUGGAUAUGGACCUUGGUAGCUGGUUAUCUGUUGACCGUUUCAUUCAAGUGGAAUGCAAGUACUGAACGUUACCUGAGGGCAAUCUCUGUUCCUGUCUGGAUAAUAUUGCUCUUCCACUUAGCUUCGGUGGCUGGUUCUUGGCGAAUUCCACUAUUUCUGGUAAUAGUUUUUCUGAUGACUGUUGGCAUGUUGCAUGAGCAACAGAUUGGAAAGGAGUCUUCUGGGACAGAACUUCCUGGUCAAAUGAUUUCCAUUGCGGCUUCUGCAAUUGCUAUGGCAAUCACAGGAUAUGAGUCAAGUAACGAAGAACAUUCAUCACAACCCUCAGGAACAGUGGAAAGUGAACAAUGCCCUCCUACUUCAUCGUCGUCUUCCUCCUUAUCAGCCACUUCUGGUAGACAGAAGCCUGAAAUUAGAGCUUUUUUUAGAAAGAAGAAAACCAGUGAUAUCUAUUUUGUUACUCUGGUAUGGGCCAUCAUCAUAGUCCAGAUCUGGUUGAAUCUCUGGAUUGUGCAGUUACUGCCAGUGCCUAUUGCAGUUUGGGUUCUUAAAAAGCUUGUGGUCCACUUUGGAGUUGUGAACUUCAUGGCAAAACGUUGUAGCAUGUGGUGGCACGUUCUGGAAAACUUUGUGAAGGAGCGGCAAGAAGCCCUCGCUCCAUGGCCAAUCAGAGGACUUGGAAGGGUCAUGCUAAAACUUGACAGCAAGCUGUGGCAUUGGCUUAAUAAGAAGAUGAUCGUGUGGUUGGAGAAAAUGCUUGAUAAAAUCAUUAGCAUUUUCAUCAUAUUUUUGCUAGUCAUAGGAACUCUUCUGCUAGCUCUUCUCCUUACCGCAAAGGUACAUCAAGAGAGUGUUCACAUGAUUCAAGUCACAAGCAGCUUGAUCAAUGAGACUGUAGCCAAUCACCCAGAAUGGGCAAACUGGCUCCCUGAAGCCCAGGUCAUUCAGAAAGCUCUCAAUUCAGCGGCUAACAACGUAUACCAAUAUGGCCGGGAAUGGAUCACACACAAGCUCCAUAAGAUUUUAGGAGAGAAAGUGAAUAACACUGCUGUGAUUGAAAAGCAAGUUCUUGAGCUCUGGGACAGACUCUAUCAUUCAUGGUUUGUGAAGAAUGUAACAUAUUCUGGAAGACACAAAGGGCACAAGUUGCACGUUAAUCGUCAGAACAGCUGGCUGGGUGACAUUUUGGACUGGCAAGAUAUUGCUUCCUUUGUUCAUGACAACAUUGAGACAUUUCUAUCGAUCUUGGAGUCUCUGUGGAUAGUAAUGAGUCGCAAUGUGAGCCUGCUGUUUACCACAGUAACAAUGUUGGUGACUAUCCUCUUUCAUAGUGGGACAGCCCUUCUCAAUUUUGUGCUCUCACUGGUGAUUUUCCUCACCACGUUGUUUUAUCUGUUAAGUUCCAGUGAUGAGUACUACAAACCAGUGAAGUGGGUGCUUAACCUGACACCCUUGUCACAGCCGGGGCCAACUUCAAAUAUCAUUGGCCAAUCUGUGGAAGAGGCUAUAAGAGGUGUGUUUGAUGCUUCUCUCAAAAUGGCUGGGUUCUAUGGACUGUACACCUGGCUGACUCACACCAUAUUUGGAAUCAAUAUUGUCUUCAUUCCAUCAGCUCUAGCAGCAAUCCUUGGAGCUGUACCAUUUCUGGGGACAUACUGGGCAGCAGUACCUGCAGUUCUAGAUCUGUGGCUCGUCCAAGGAGAAGGCUGCAAAGCCAUUUUGCUCUUGGUUUUUCACUUGUUGCCAACAUAUUUUGUAGACACAGCAAUCUACUCUGAUAUAUCCGGAGGUGGCCAUCCUUACCUGACAGGUCUCGCAGUAGCUGGUGGAGCAUAUUACCUGGGAUUGGAAGGGGCAAUUAUUGGACCCAUACUUCUUUGUAUACUCGUGGUUGCCUCCAACAUAUAUAGUGCCAUACUAGUGAGUCCAACAAAUUCAGCGCCCACACCAUCACAAACGCCAUGGCCUUUACAGAUAUACUGGUCAUCUAGAGAGAGUCCUGAGGAAGCGAAAAUGACUGCAGAAUGAUUUUGACGCCAGGAUGUACCUAUUCACUAUGAAGUAGUUGUUCUCUUCUACGUUGAGGUUGGAACAGUUGUGGCCUUCUCUCUCUUCCAGCUGUGCCUAGUAACAGUUCAGUGAAGCACAAUUUUUUUUCUUUUUUUUAAAACCUUCUAACAUCUGCUGGCCUUGCAUUAUUAACACUUUAUCUUUGCAAGAGAGGAUGUCUACUUCCCAUUGCUUUGCAUAUUACCAUGCAGAUUUAGAGUUCAGAUGCCUUGUUUGUUGACUUUUUUUUCUUCAGAAAACACCUUGUGAAAGAGAAGUAUAUCCACUGGAGUCAGGUUGUGAUCUGCUGAAGUGACUAACUAGGUAUUUUUUUUUUUUUGGUUAUUUGUAUUAUUAACUUUUGGUAACUUUGAACAGAAGCUAUGUUCCAAACCUUUUGUCACUGGGAUCUUUAGCUAAUCUAAGAGUGUAUUUCCUUAGAAACAUUAAAAUAUUUUAAUAGAGUAAAGCACUAAUUAAUUAUCUGUUGCUCCUCAGCACAUUUUUGACCAUCUUUCACUUCAUAGAAGAUCAAACUUAGCAUGCUUUAUAAGAUGACAAUGUUAAUGUUGUCAGAGAGUGGUGCUUCCAACCUGCCUAAAACUAACAAGACUUGCGAUUUGUGUUAAGUAAGAGUUAUGCACAUGCAGCAUAGGAAUAUUUGUUCAAACAAUUUAAUCCUUGUGUUCACUUUUGAAGUAGAAUACUAUCAAGUGUUGCUCUUUGGCUUACAACUUAACCUAGUGCACCAGGGUCUCAAUAGGAAGAUGUUCCCUGUGGAUUCUUCUUGCCUGCUUGACCAAAUGUAUUGAAAGGACUUAUGGUAGAGAUGAAAUAGGACUACGUGUCUGCUUGCAGUGAUUGAAAGAGGCUGAAUGAUGAAUGUGUUCACACUCUAUUUUUCAAAUAUUUUUAUUUGUAUUUGUUUAUUGGGGAAGUAGUGAACAAGGGAGGUUAGACUUUUUAAAUCACUCUGUCUAAAUAUCCUGGCAAAAUAGGCAGAGAUCUGAAAUUCUUUAAAAUGUGGUAUUAUUGAGGUUUGAGAAUCAGGACAGUGCACUAUUGUUUUUCCCUAACCUAUCAUUCUGCUUGGAUUGGAGUUUAAGUGGCACCUCUGAUCUUUCAUACAUGGGUGCUAAUGCAGGCUUGAAUUCAUGCAUUGUUUCCACCAGAAAAAAAUGGAGGUUUGUUCUGUAAAAUGUCUUAUGCUCGAAAGAUACGUAUCCUAAAAACUAAAUUUCACUCCACCUAUUGUUUAGUGAACACUCCCCUGAUCAACAGGGCCCAGGACAAAUGAUCAGCUUUAUGUUUAGCUAGAUCAUAUCUAUUCAAUUCCUGACUGAAUCACCUUGAAAUUUAUUGCAGGGUUUCUUUAUUCUUAAGUGUUAUGCCAUGUGCUACACUGUCUAUUACAUUGUAAUGCCAAAUACCAGUACACAAAUCUGACCACAUAAACUAAGUUAUUCUUCUGUAAGGCUAUAUAUCUGGUUCUACCCAAGUUACAGAGGUUAUAAUAAAUCUUUGGGAGACUUCUGUCAUGGCAGUGCAUGUGUUCAUAAAUAACCCAUAAUAUUGAAUUUUUAGUUUCCAAAUAGGGCUCAAAGUAUGAUUUUUAAUACAUAGCCAAAUAUUGUAGAUUUGCAGUAAAAUGGCACUAUCAAGAGUCAAAUUUUAAAUAGCAGAGACUAAAUUCAUGCUUAUCUUCUCAUUCUUGACUUCCUUAUCUAAAUAAAGAAUUUUGUGUGUGCGCAGCUUUUGCACUUGCAAAAUUGCAGGGCUAAAAUUGGAGCCCAGAUGAGGCCUCUUAAAUAUUUAGCCUUAAGGAUUUAAUGAAAAAUUACUAAGUAAAUAAUAUAUAUAUGCAAUUCAUAAGCAAAAUUCAAA